GCUAAAGGUAAAAUCCCUAUGUAGUUGUUAUGAUUCUUGAUGUUUGGAUAUCGAACCGGUAAACCAGUACUUUAAUCUUUGACGAAGGCAGUCGUUUCUUUUUAGAACAUGGAACUUCCUCCAAUUUUACCACCUACGGAAGAUGUAUUGAAAAAGUAUCUACUCUGUCCUGAAAAUCUUCCCAUCCAUCAGUAUGAAAAAAAUCAAAAAUUUUGGCCCAGAGAACCAACUCCAAAAGAGCUUUUAUAUUAUGAAGGAUCUGCUUUAUCUACCACUUUGAAAGUUCAAAGGGAUCCUAGUACAGGUGAAAUAAUGGAUUUCUGUGAAGUGCCAAUCCAAGCUGUUGGUGCUACAGCAAAAAAUUCAAUGUCUAUGACAAGAAUUCCUGCUCCUCCUUCAGAAGCAACCAAAGGCAAUGCUUCUUAUAUACCAUUCUGGCCUGGAAGUUUUCCGUUACCCAAAAGUACAUUAAAAGAAAUUCAGGAGGAUGAUGAUUCUUCCCUAUUGACUGUGCCUCCUGGUUUUGACAGAGGUUUAGUGUUUCUGGAAGAUGGUAGUACUGUGUGGUCUUCUGAAUACGGCAGUGAAAUUGAAGUUAAAGUUGACCCAACCACCAAUGUGAUCAACUUGCUUGAUAUUAUUCAACAAGAACACAAUUCAUUAGGAAAUAAGGAAGUACCUCAGAAAAAGCAGCAAAACAAGGAUAACUCUACUGUCAAGGCAUCAGAAUCACAUCCAGAAGAAGAUGAAAUUAUACCCAAAGAGGCGCCGGUCAUAAAUAUCAGUACUGCUCCUCCGUUAAACUCGAUGAAAGGAAGUGAUUGGGCUGUUUUACUAGAUGCUUCUAAACCCAUAACCAAUUUUCGAGAAAGGCUUCCAGUAAUGGCGAUAGAAUUCCCGUUCGAAUUAGACAUUUUUCAAAAACUGGCAAUCCUACAGCUUGAGCAACACAAUCAUGUAUUCGUUGCUGCACAUACAUCUGCUGGUAAAACUGUUGUGGCCGAAUAUGCCAUAGCUUUAUCACAGAGACACAUGACUAGAACAAUUUACACAUCACCUAUAAAGGCCUUAUCCAAUCAGAAAUAUAGAGAUUUCCAAGCUAGGUUCAAAGAUGUUGGUUUGAUAACCGGCGAUUUUCAGAUUAAUCAAACGGCAUCCUGUUUGAUUAUGACAACAGAAAUUUUGAGGUCCAUGCUUUAUUGCGGUAGUGAUAUCACCAGGGAUUUGGAGUAUGUUAUUUUUGAUGAGGUUCACUAUAUAAAUGACAGAGAAAGGGGACAUGUAUGGGAACAAGUAUUGAUAAUGUUACCUGCUCACGUCUGUGUUGUCCUUCUCAGCGCUACUGUUCCAAAUACAAUUGAGUUUGCAGACUGGCUCGGUAGAACUCAUCAGCGCAAGGUUUAUGUGGUGACCACAACUAAGAGACCUGUACCGCUUCAACAUUACUUGUAUACUGGAAAAGGAGGCGGAUCACGUGAUAACAGAUUCAAAAUAUUGAAUGCGGACAGGUGGAUACCAAAUGGGUAUUCAGAAGCAAAGGCCUCAGUACCUGAUUCCCAAAAAAAUUAUUACCAGAAAAUGACUCCAGCUCAGGAUAAAACCCUUUGGUCAGGUUUGAUUUCUCAUUUGAAGAAAAACGACUUGCUACCUGUGGUGGCAUUCACUUUUUCGAGACAAAAAUGUGACAACAACGCCACCAAUCUAACAAAUUUAGAUUUGACCACUCAGAAGGAAAAAACCCAUAUAGCAAUGUUUUUCAAUAAGUGCAUCAGAUGCCUAAAGGAGCCAGAUCAAAACAUCCCGCAGAUUAUAAAGAUGAAAGAUAUUCUUACUCGGGGUAUUGGAGUUCAUCACAGUGGAAUUCUACCCAUUAUCAAGGAAAUUGUAGAAAUGUUGUUUCAACGAGGACUUAUUAAGUUGCUCUUUGCUACAGAAACGUUUGCCAUGGGUGUUAACAUGCCUGCAAGAACAGUAGUAUUUGAUUCUAUCAAAAAGCAUGAUGGUAAGGAGCUGAGAGAACUAGAACCAGCCGAAUAUAUUCAGAUGGCAGGACGUGCAGGGAGAAGAGGUCUUGACGCUGAAGGCACUGUUAUCAUUUUAUGCAAAUUUGGUUUUCCGACUGAAGAUAGUUUGAAGAAAAUGAUGCUUGGAAAACCUAGUUCUUUAGUGAGUCAGUUUCGACUCACUUAUGGAAUGGUUUUGAGUUUAUUGCGAGUGGAAAGUCUUAGUGUGGAAGGAAUGAUGUCAAGGAGUUUCAGAGAAGCUGACCAUCAGAAGAAUAUGGUGGACAUAAAAAAAGAACUGGAACGAGUAGAGAAACUCACGACUGAAUUGUGUAGACAACAAAUAAGUAGUUACUUACAGCCACUAGUCAAAUAUUAUGAAGUAGCCAAUUUGUACUUGAACAUUAGAGAAAAUACAAUGAAUGCUGUUAUGAAUUCUUCAAAAGUCCAAAAGAUACUAAGCCCUGGACGAAUAUUAGUAGUGACUCAAAAACACCAUAUAAAUAAACUAGCUCUGCUGCUGUCAACUAUUCGUUCUAAACACCUUCAGUUCAAAGUGUUAGUGCUCAGUGAUGAUACAGCUCAAAAAGACAAUGAUCCAAAAGAGGAUCGCUGGUAUCAUAUGUUGAGUUUGGCUCAAGAAAAACUUUUUAGCCCGGAAGGAACACCCAGUCAUGAAAUAUUAACAGUUUCUGCAGUAGACAUAUUUGAAAUAUCAAACAAAACUGUCAAAACAAAUUCGGAGCUGGUCAUAAGAGAUGUGGAAAAACGACAAAUGGAGCGUUUCAGAUAUGACCCUCCUGGCAAUACUUGUGUUGAAGCAGUACAAGAACUGUAUAAAUUCACUAUGUUAGCUAACACUAAUGAUUCUUCCAACAAACUUGAAUAUUACCACUUCAUCAUGGACUUGAAAAUAAAUGAGCAAGAUUUGUACCAAGCAUUGAAAAAAAUGUAUGACGCCAAAGAUAAACUCAUUGACUAUUUACCCGGUACUCGAAUUCCAAAUUUCGAGCAGCAAUUUUCAUCGGUGUUUAUGAGGAAGUUUUUAGAAGGAAAGAAAAAGGAUCUCGAGUUUCAGUUAUCAAACGCCAGUUUGUCAUUAUAUCCAGAUUAUGAGAAUAGGAUAGAAUUGCUGAGAAAACUGAAGUAUGUUGAUAACCAGAAUAAAAUUGAACUCAAAGGUCGGGUGGCCUGCGAAAUUGGUAUGAAUGAGCUUUUAAUAACAGAAUUGGUGUUGAGAAAUAUACUCACUAAACUGAGAGCAGCGGAAGUAGCUGCUCUUUUAUCAGCAUUGGUAUUCAGGGUAAAAUCUAGAGGAGAAGUUUUUGACGACUCAGGUCUAACACCAGAUCUGAAAAGGGUGAGUAUGAUCAGUAUGUCUAACAUGUAAGACUUUCUCAACAAA